AUGUUUGCCCUCGCACUAACAGCCGAGCUCAACGGGGUCACGAACCUCCGCCCUGAUGACAGCGAAGGCAACCCCUUCUGGUACACUUUUAAGGUCCAGUGCACCUCAUGCCGUGAAGUUCACGACAAGCCUGUUGGCGUCAGCCGUUUCUUAUUGACGCGCAACGCAAAGGACAAUAACGAGAUGAGUGGUAGCAGAGGCGAGGCCAACUUCGUCUGGAAGUGCAAGAACUGCAAGCGCGAGUCUUCGGCCUCCAUCAAGGCUGCGCCUGCCUCCUAUACGCAGGGCGAGCCUGCGAAGCAGCAGAAGCUUCUCGAGUUCGACUGUCGAGGUCUCGAGUUCACCGAGUUCAUCCCUGAAGGAGAAUGGCUCGCCGAGGGCGUCGAUUCGGGCAGCAAGUUCUCUGCUAUCGACCUUACGGAUGGAGAAUGGUAUGACUACGAUGAGAAGGCCGGAGAGGAGGUGAGCAUCAAGGAUCUGAAGUGGGAGAUCAAACGUGCUUGA